AUGAUAUUUUCCGCUCUCGAGUUCCGUCAUCCUUUCUCUACUUUGCAGACGUCGUUCAAGCGAUCGCGAGACCGCCGCUUCCCGUCGCCGCAAACUCUCCUCAAACACCCGCCGCUGAAGCGAAUCGACGACGAGCCGACCGAGACCCGUCCCUCCUCGCGAGAGGCGAAAGCGAAGAAUUUCACGAUGCCCGCCUCCAAGCAUCAUGGGCAGCCCCAGCUGCUGUUCGUCGACGGAACGUUUGAGGAGCUUGCCAAGGAGAUGUCCGAGUACCUCAAGGCAGAGGAAGCAACCAAGCUGCUGAGCAAGGACAAGGUGUCCAAGGAGGAUGUCCUGGCCAAGUUGGUCGCCGCCUCAGCCGGUCUCAACACGGUCCCCGAAAAGGAAUACACCGCUGCCUCCAACCUCAUGAUCCACCUCGUUCUGCAGUCCGGCGACCCCAAGAGGUACUUGCAGACUCUGUGCGCCAACCUCGCCAAGGUUCCCGUCAAUUCGUCCGUCCACGGCCCCGGCCUCUCGCUGAAUGCCCUAACGACGGUCUUCAACCUGCUGCCCCCCGAGGACGUCAUCCGGGCACGCAUCUUCCUCGAGAUCGUCAAGCUCCUGAGGGCGCACAGCAUGUUCGACAGCCUGCGGCUGUACCUGGACAAGCUGGGCGAGUGGCUCGAGUCAUGGGACGCCAGCGAGGAAAUUGAGCGCAUGGUCUACGAGAACGUCGCCGAGGCGGCCCUCGAGGCCGGCGAGGAGUCCAUCAGCUACGACUUCAUCCUCAAGGCCCUGCGGACCUUUGACGCCGACGACAAGGACGACAUCACGUCCGAGGACGCGCAGAGACUGUCCCUGCGCGCCGUCCGGACGGCCGUCCUGUCCAGCACGCACUUCCUCUUCCAGGACCUCCGCGGCGUCCCCAGCGUCCGGGCCCUCGGCGACUCCCACCCCGUGUACUCGCAGCUCCUCGACAUCUUUGCCGAGCAGGACCUCGAGGACUACAACGACUUCACCGAGGAGCACGAGGGCUGGGUCGAGCAGCAGAAGCUCGACCACGACAGGCUCCACCGCAAGAUGCGCCUCCUGACGUUUGCGAGCCUCGCCGCCGCCACGCCCAGCCGCGAGAUCGAGUACGCCAAGAUCGCCAAGGCCCUCCAGAUCCCCCCGGAGCACAUCGAGAUGUGGGCCAUCGACGUGAUCCGCGCGGGCCUCGUCGAGGGCAAGCUCUCGCAGCAGCGCAGCAGGUUCCUCGUGCACAAGGUCACCUACCGCGUCUUCGGGCAGAAGCAGUACCAGGAACUGUCGACGCGCGUGGACCACUGGCGCGCCACCCUCCAGAACGUCCUCGGCGUCCUGCGCCAGGAGCAGGCCAACGCCAAGGCCCACAAGGAGCGCGAGACUCAAGAGCUCGAGCGCAAGCUCAACAAUGCCGGCGUCAACGGCGGCGGCGGCGGCCAGGGCGGCGGUAACCGGCGACAACAGAACCCGCAAUCACAGCAGCGCGAGAGGACCGACAACGACGACUAG